UUACAUAAGAUAUAUUUCAAUGUGUGUGUCUGCAUUUAACGUCGAGUAUAUCUUAAAUCCAUUAAAAAAAAUAAACUAAAGUGUUCUCCUCAAGUGACUGAGUUGUAAAAAAGAUAAUGAAGAAUUGGAAGGAUGUAAUGAAUCACGGACGUAACAUAAAAUUCCCCAGGCAACUUGCAACGACGACGACGACGACGACAGCUGCUUUCGAGUGAGAGAAGUGGAGUGGAGAGAAGUAGGCGGAGAAUUGAGUUCUCAUUGCAAUAAUUGGAAAUUAUAAAAGAAUUAAAAAUUCAAGUAAAUCAAAAGAGAGAGAUAGAGAAUUGGAGAAAAGUAUCAGGAACGCAAAUAUCUUUAUCUAUUAAUUACAUGUGCAUUUCGAUAAGGAAAUUAAACAAACAAUGGGCCUGGACGGCGAUUCCCCCGUGCAUUCAGUUUGGAAGAACGAUCUAUAUCGCAUGCAAUUGAAUGCCCCAGUUCCAGUACCAAUAAUAUGCGAGAAUUAUUUGCCCGGCGUGCCUAGUUAUUUGGGUAGAGAUUAUCAUGGUGACAUCUCUCACAUUGAGGCAAACAAUUUGUUAGCUCCGCAUCCGAACGGCGCCUAUUUAGUGAGGAGUAGCAGAUCUGCCAAUGGGGAAUUCCAUACGUUAAGUCUCAAAUUCAAUGAUAGAAUUCAUCAUUACAAACUAUUUUACGAAGUGAACGCGGGCCUGUACGUAAGGCAAAAGAGAUACGAUUGCGUUAGGUCUUUGGUGGCCGACGGUCUGGUCACGAUGUAUCUGGAACUGAAAGCUCCUUUGGUGCUGGAAAGACUUCCUACCGCCAACUACCAAGAGAGCCCGUACAUGACAUUGAACAAACGCAAACUGAGAGCGCUGACAAAGGAAUACGCAAGGAACAGCAAUUUGCAAGCCCAACCGAUUUGGAGUCCGAACAUAAACGACAACUACGAGAAGUCUCACACGUUCAAAACGAACACGUUCAAGGGCUUGAACUGGUGCGAGCUGUGCGGGAAUUUCCUGUGGGGAUUCACGGCUCAAGGUGUACGCUGCGACGAUUGCGGAAUGAUCGCGCACAAUAAAUGUUCCGAGAAGGUUCCGAAUUACUGUAUACCCGAUUUGAAGUAUCUGCGCGGUGUUUUCGGAAUCGAAUUGACUACCUUGCUGGCCGCACACCGUUCAAAUUUGCCUUUCGUGCUGACCAAAUGUGUGUCCGAGGUGGAGGCCAGAGGUUUAACGGUGGAAGGUAUCUACAGGUUGAGCGGUUUCGCGGACGAAAUAGACGCUAUAAAAAUGGCAUUCGACAAAGAUGGAGAUAAGGCAGAUUUGAGUCAAGAGAAAUAUCCGAACAUCAAUGUGAUCACCGGUGCGUUGAAACUCUAUUUGCGAUUGCUUCCCAUUCCGCUAAUUACGUUCAUCGUGCAUCCGAUGCUCGUCGAAUCGUUACAGCUGAAAAACGAGGACGCCCGAAUCAAGCACAUCCGUCUGUCGCUCAAAUCGAUGCCCAAGCCUCAUUACGAUACGCUCAAAUUCAUGAUACAACAUUUGAAAAGGGUCAGCCAACACUCGGCUAUAAACAAAAUGAAUCCGCACAAUUUGGCGACUGUCUUUGCGCCGACUUUGAUCGGCCCACCAGAAUCUUCAAAUUCGAUGCUGCCGGACAUGACUGCUGACAUCCUUCUAAUUGAAAAUCUCAUUCUGCACUGCGACGCAAUAUUCGCAGAAUCAAGAUCGAUUGUUGUAUAGAUCGGGGGGACAAUUUUAUUUGGUUUCAAACACAAAUGAAAUAUUAAAAAAAAAAGUUGUGAUAUAGAUGUGUUAAGAACACGUCCAGUAUUUUUGAUCUGUGCAUUUA